UUGGACAUCUUCGGCAGCCAUAGGUCAAUGGAUCUCGCAGUCUCGCGACUCAUUUGCGAAAUCCAAGACUCGGCUUCCUUGAUAUUUAAAGAGCAGCCCCGAUUCGGAGGUUGGUAGGCCACCUUCUGAACAAGCGACUGCAUCUUCUACAGGCUGGUACUGUACGCCCGAUACGAAUCCUGGCAUCUAGCGCUGCUAUUUGUCAACCAAUACGCCCAGCUCUUGAUCCAUGAUGCCUGGCAUGGCUACUUCGCUCAAUAGCUAUUUCGUCCCUGGAUAUGGUAUCUCUAGAGCGGUCAUCCAAGGCGAAAUCCGGUACCAUUGCGGUCCUGAUGCAAUAGUUAGACCGUUCACACACCAAGGUCGAGAUGGCUUUCUUGUCACCACGGCUGGUCCUCCCCUGACGAAAGUAGAACAAAACCUAAUCACUUAUUCUCAGGCACAGAUCCAAGACAUCAAAGAUGCUUCAAGGGAGUACGAAGAAAGGCAGGCCCAGCGUGCUUGUGAUGAAAAAGAAACAUUCAUGAACCGACCAGUACCCGUCAGUCCGCGUAGUCGGAAAAGCUUUUAA